AGCACCGGCGCGGCGAGUACUAGAGCCAGCCCAGGCGCGGCGCGGUCUCCCCUCCCCGUCCCCUUUUCGCCGCUGCGUCCGCGCCCUGUCCCCUUCCGCUGCCGAGCGAGUGAUCGGGAGGGGACCGGGAUGACCUCCCACCAUUCCGAACUCCCCGACCCCGUCGCCACCGGCGCCGACGGCGACGCCCCCUCAGAUCAUAACUCAGAAUUGCCAUCCCCACCCUAUCAUAUUGUUACCAAACCUGGCCAACUCCCAGUUGAGUUUCUUGAACCCUCAGCUGGCCAGAAGUUGGUAAUUGGAUUUGACUGCGAAGGUGUUGACCUCUGCCGCAAUGGUGCUCUCUGUAUCAUGCAGCUUGCAUUUCCCGAUGUUGUAUACUUAGUUGAUGCUAUUGAGGGUGGAAAAGAACUCAUUCAAGCUUGUAAACCAGCACUUGAGUCUGAUCAUAUCAUCAAAGUUAUACAUGAUUGUAAAAGAGACAGCGAGGCUUUGUAUUUUCAGUUUGGCAUCAAAUUGCAUAAUGUGGUGGAUACACAGAUCGCUUAUUCUCUGAUAGAAGAGCAGGAAGGAAGAAAGAGAACAUUUGAUGAUUACAUAUCUUUCGUGAGCCUUCUUGCUGACCCACGCUAUUGUGGCAUACCAUAUCCUGAAAAGGAAGAAGUCCGUACCCUUCUAAGGCAGGACCCUAACUUUUGGACAAUUAGACCCCUGUCUGAUAUGAUGGUUCGAGCAGCCACAGAUGAUGUCCGCUUCCUUCUCAAUAUACAUGAGAAAAUGAUGGAGAAGUUAAACACAGUAUCUUUAUGGCGUCUGGCAGUUCGCAGUGAGCUAUACUGUAGGUGCUUUUGCAUAAAUGACAACCAGUAUGCAGAUUGGCCACCUCUUCCUCCUGUUCCUGAUGACAUUGAAGCUGGUGCUUAUGUUCCUGAAGUCGAUAUCCUAUCAGUCUUAGAUGUGCCUCCUGGGAAAAUGGGACGAGUUAUUGGCAGAAAGGGAUCAUCGAUAAAGGCUGUGAAAGAAUCUUGCAACGUGGAAAUCCAUAUUGGUGGUGCUAAGGGGCCUCCAGACACAGUGUUCAUCAUUGGACCAGUGAAGGAAGUCAGGAAGGCUGAGGCCAUCCUCAGAGGCCGAAUGCUGGAGUUCUAGAGAGGCUACCCUUUGUGACCCAUGCUUCAACUGCUUUAUCUUCUGAACACGAAAGGGGAUAUACAAAAAGUUAAUGCGGUACCGUGUGUCGUCUGGAUCUCUGAUCCUUGGCAUGAAUGAAUCAAGCAAAAUAAUGGAAUUCAAGGCAACUUCGUAGUGUUGUACAUGCUCUGCUCUACUCUACUCUGUUAAAGAUUUUCUGGCCUGUGAUGGCUGACGCAUCA